CCGCCUCCGGUCAGCUGAGCGCGCCCUUCCGGCGGGGCCUGCGGAGCGGCGCGGCCUGCGGAGCCGAGCGGCGCGGCCAUGCGCAUCGAGAAGUGCUACUUCUGCUCGGGGCCCAUCUACCCCGGCCACGGCGUCAUGUUCGUGCGCAACGACUGCAAGAUAUUUAGAUUCUGCAAAUCAAAAUGCCACAGAAACUUUAAAAAGAAGCGAAAUCCCAGAAAGAUGAGAUGGACCAAAGCAUUCCGGAAAGCAUCUGGCAAAGAAUUGACAGUGGAUAAUUCAUUUGAGUUUGAAAAACGUCGAAAUGAACCAGUGAAAUACCAAAGAGAGUUGUGGAACAAGACUGUUGAUGCAAUGAAGAGAGUGGAGGAAAUAAAGCAAAAACGCCAAGCUAGAUAUAUCAUGAACAGAUUAAAGAAGAGCAAAGAGUUGCAGAAGGCAGAAGACAUCAAAGAAGUCAAACAGAAUAUCCACCUUCUUCGUGCUCCACAUGCAGGCACACCAAAACAGCUGGAGGACAAAAUGGUGCAGAAACUACAAGAGGACAUGGCUAUGGAAGAAGACUCUUAAAAUGCUUUUAUUUUCUAUUUAUAUUUCUUCAGUAGUUAACAGUUCCUUACUGCAUCACCUGACAUCAUUCAGAACUGUGCUUACAGUUGAAGAAAAAUACAUUUUAAUAAAUAGUGGUCAUUUACAGUUUGAAUGAUUUUUGGGUUUAUAUAAUAUUACAAGAUGGAUACUGGUUUGGACAGUACUUAAAAUUUGAGAAAACCUUGUCAGCUGGAUGGAGAAUAAGGCAUAUUGUUUGAGAUACUGUGUGCUCCUUGGAAAGUUAACUCUUUCUGGGUAAAUUUUCCCUGAAAAUUCAAGGAAUAAAAGAUGUUGGCCCUGA